CGUGCUGCACACGAAAGGGAAAGGAAACGCCGACUUCUCCAUUCCAAAAUCCCCUCUGCCUCAUCUUUAGCAGCAACGAGUGUUUGGAUCGAUCGGGAGCUUUGAGACGUUCGGUUUUUCCGUUCCAGGGCCUUUUGGUCGGUUUUCGGCUCCCUCUUCGCGGAGAACCCCUUGUUGUCCGUGAGAAAAUUGUUUUCCCUGAGCUCUCAGGCGCCAGAUUUAUCGAGCCCGAGUGCACAAAGUUGAUAAGCUAGCCUCCGAGCUAACUCUUAGCUUGCAGCCCUUUUUUUUUGGUUUCAGCUUUUUGAGGGCGUCGUUUUCGCAUCACGGCUGGCUCUUACUACUGCCCGUCCUAUCUGAAUMCUUCUUUUGGUGAAGUUUAAGGGGUUUGCUGGUAGCUGCUGUGCUCACUGAUAACCCCCUGCGUACUUAGCCCGGAAGCCGAGUGAAGGCCCGAGUCCAGCAGCACCAACAGCCGCCUUCGUCCGAGUGUUUAUCCGCCUUGAAGUGAGAGUUGACAGCUUCCUUGGUGACACCGACUUCUCCCUGAGGAGCCAAGAAGCAGACGGCUCAUGACUUCUGACCAGGACACAAAAGUUGUAGCUGAACCACAGGUGCAGCAAGUUCAAGAGGCAAAAGAGAGCUCUCAUUUGGAAUCCGCCAAGGUUUCAGACCUCAACCCUAAUGCGAAAGCAUGGGCCAACCACAUGUUUAGCUUGGACUCCAGCGGGACUGCUGACACCACAACUGCUGCCCUGCAGCCAUGGAAGGAAGGCUGCGAUAGCUCCGACGACCCCGGCCCAGAAGGCUUUGAAGCCAGUGAGGACAAAGCUUACAAGGAGCCUCUGCUAACUGACCCAGAUGAGCCUCCACCAGAACCAGUAAUGCUGGCCGAGCCGGCCCCCGUCACACUGGAGUGCUCCGAGCCCACCUACACAGAAUACCCCGAGCCUGGGCAGCCGGGGAGCACAGGCAGUGGUGAUUUGCAGCCUGACAGCACCCAGGACGGCUUGAGAGAGCUCCUGAAAAAGACCCUGGAGUUCUGUCUGUCCAGGGAGAACCUGGCCAGCGACAUGUACCUCAUCUCCCAGAUGGACAGRGACCAGUACGUCCCCAUUGUGACGGUGGCCAACCUGGACCACGUCAAGAAGCUGAGCACUGACGUGGAGCUGAUCGUGGACAUCCURCGCUCUCUGCCGUUGGUCCAGGUGGAUGAGAAAGGGGAGAAGGUGCGACCCAAUCAGAACCGAUGCAUCGUGAUCCUCAGAGAGGUUCCAGAGUGCACCCCCAUCGAGGAAGURGAAGCCCUUUUCAAAGGAGACAACUUACCCAAGUUUAUCAACUGUGAAUUUGCCUACAACGACAACUGGUUCAUCACRUUUGAAUCAGAAGCAGAUGCACAGCAGGCAUAUCAGUAUCUCCGAGAGGAAGUCAAGACGUUCCAAGGGAAACCAAUUAAGGCGAGGAUAAAGGCCAAGGCGAUUGCGAUCAACACUUUCAUGCCAAAGAACGGCUACCGGCCGAUGGAGGUGAACCUGUAUGCUCAGCAGCGCUACACGUCCUACUACAUCCCACCAGUUUACAGCCCCCAGCAGCAGUUCCCUCUGUACAGCCUGAUCACGCCGCAGGCCUGGUCCACCACUCACAGCUUCAUCGACCCGYCACUGGUUCCUCAAUUUCACAACAACCAGUUCAUCAAUGGUUUUACCACAUCCCAUAGUUUCAAACCAGCGACGUCGCCCCUCACAGUCCGACACUUCUCCCCCAGGAACAGGAAUCACAGCAAAGCUCACCUGAGGCCCACCAUCCCCACAACAGACCCCAGCCCCGGGCUCCUGGAGAGUCCCACCCUGUUCCACACCUUCCCCAGCGAGAGGCUCAACGGCAUCCGUAGCAGCCCCCAAACACGACUGCCCACCAGUCAGCCCAGAAGCAGAUUAUCCUCCAACACGGCCUUCCCCCGCAGAGACACCGUGGGCACCGGGCGCGUCACUGAACCCUCAACGCCAGACUACUUCCUGGGAGUCGGUCGAGGAAGGAAAAAUGUUUCUGCUUCUAGGAAAAAGAGGGACGACAAGUUUACAAGAGCGACUCCUCAGUCGCCCCCUCCUCCUCCCAAACCCCCGUCUCCCAACUUCGAGCUCGGUCUCUCCAGCUUCCCUCCACUUCCAGGAGCAGCGGGCCAACUCAAGACCGACGGUGUGUUUGAGAGCCGACUGGCCAGCAAGGAAGCGGUCGUACCCCCCAAGGAGCGGAAUGUAAGCACCGAGUCCAGCAGCGCCGGAGCUCUGUCCCCAGCAGGUCCCAAAGAGCCUCUCCGGUCCUCCAGCUCUCCAGUAACCCCCAGCUUCCAGCCCCCACCGACAACCCCGACCACAGCCUCCACCCCGACACCGAGCCCGGCUCCCAGCUCGCCUCGCAGCCCCGCUCCCUCCGCCUCAGUGGAGGUGAAGGCGACCGAGGCCAAGCCCAAGGAGGUGCAGCAAUCUGUGGAGCGAGUUCCCGGCACUCUGUCCACCGCCAGCAAAUCAGUGCAGGUCAACGGUGCUGCGACAGAGUCGAGGAAGCCUUCCUACGCCGAGAUCUGCCAGCGAGUGAAGGACACGCCCACGUUACAGCACUCCCCUGCCCCCAAGGAAGCCAAGCCAACCUCCACCACCGCCGAGGACAGGAAGGGCAGCGACCCCUCCACCCCUGUGGGGGACGCCAAGUCCAGAGAGACACACCACCCCUCCWCCUCCACCAAACCCGGCUCUGCGUCUGGCAUCCCGGGCAGACCACCAAAGGAGGCCCGAAGGCCAGCCGGGAGGUGGGCCUCUCCGCCCCCACACCCAGGGAAAACCCCUAGCAAAGAUCCCCACCACACCCCACCCAAGUCCCCGCAGUAGGGUGGGCCCCCACCCACACUACGCUCCACGAUGUGUCGGAAACAAGGAGAACAAGUCAGGGCUACUAAACACUCAGAUCCCAGGAGCACCGUCAGCAACAAGCAGAGAGGACGCCUUCUGUUCCGGAUCAGGGCUGCAGACAACACUUUACUGUGCACCUAGAGCACCGUCUGUUUCCUCUUUUAUUCUGCUUUUCUUUUACUUCUCCUCUCUCCUUCAGCGCGGUCGUUCACUGUUCACAUCUCCUGUCUCUGUCCAAACGACCCGGUGGGAUUAAAUUAGUCAUGUGUGUGUGAAGCAGCAGGGCAUUMUUACAUGAAAACCCCAAAGGAUGAUGGGAAAGAGUAAAAACAGACUCCAUCUUGUCUGGUUGUCACGCGGCGCUGUCGUGACUCCGUGUAGCGUAAUUAUGGGUCGUUACUCCUGGAUGUUUUCAGAGUCGGACAUUUAAACCUGGAUUCUCUAGUUGAACGUGGCCUUAGUUCAGUUUUUUAUUAUUUACACUAAUUUUUAUGAUUUUUUUUGUCCCACUGCUUAAUCUGUUUUUGACCGUUGCUUCAGCUAAAGUUUUGUCUUCGUUCAUGGUGGCUGUGCAGACAGACCUUCCUGUGAUAGUUUGUUUAUUUUAAGAAUGAUCGUGUGUAACGGACGACGUGAGGUCUGCUGGUUUUAGCCGUGGACAGGAAAGACACAUCAGGUGUUUUUUUUUUGUUGUUUAAUUUGUCAGAAAACAAACAUUUGUUGACGGUUUUGUUUUCAGAGACACACUGUGAAGAGAGGUGAGAGGGGGCGGAGUCAGAAUCCAGAGAAAAGGAUGCGAGUCGCAAACAGGAAGUAAGAAGCUAACACUAGUUUACAGGCGUCACUCGUUGUGAACGUUUCCUGAUGAUGAUUUUUGACCCGUCUCUGGUUCUGUCUCAGAUCUGGUGCUAGAGGUCCAACCCUGGACCAGAAACUGCUCCUGUGAGACGCUUCAGUUUCUUUUAUUUGAAGCCUUUUUGUUUGUUUCUGCCUGUUAAAAACACUGCUGUGACCCGUGAGCGUCACAUUCAUCCAGCUUGUUAUAGUUUGACGGAUCAUUAGUAGAAAUAUAUUUUGUUUGUCGUCGGUGAAGCAGUUGGUGUUCGUGCAGAGAGUCGGUGGUUUGGACUUUAGAGGGUUUUUUUGUUUAGUUUGAUGAAUCUAGAAAAGUUUGAACGGACCUGGAACGUGUUUGUUAACGAUGUUACGGAGGUAAAGGGGCGGGGUUUUGUUGGGAUGUAGAAGAAGACGGCGGCGGCGUGGAGUCUUUGUCAAAACAACUGUUUUGUUCCUGUCAGUUUGUUGAUUUGUCGUCAUUUGUUUGCACUCUUUGAUUGCGAGUCUGUUCUGUAACGACUUGGAAAGAUUGACCGAAGCGUCUGGCUGCUCCGCUCCUGAGGAUGGAGUCGAGUUUAAAAGCAGAGUUUGUUUUUUAUUCUGCUCAAAAACCACCUGAGAAACUGAGAACAGCGAAGGGKCGUGGUCUGAUCUGUUUUCUGUAGCAGCCUCUCCGUUUUACUGCUAAAAUGUUGAACUGCGAACAUGUUUGGUUGUUUUUAUUUUAUUUUUUUGUUUGUUUUGGACGCUCCCUUCCUGCUCGUCGCUCGCACGCUGAGGUGAAUCUUUUCCAGCUGUUAGAAAAAGAUUCCAGCCCCACUGAACGCCGCUGAGCUGCACACAAAACGCCCGUUAGUGGAAAACCUCCUGAACYCGUCUCGCUCCAGUCUUCCUGCAAACACAAAGCAUUCUGGGUAAUCCCACUAACAGAAAACAAUUGAAAAAAGGGAAAAUUCAUUAUUAAAAAAAUAUAUAAAACAAAUAAAUAAAAAAUCAUCCGGUCAGAGCUGCUUUGAAAUUGGAUUUUCAUUUAAAUUUUUCUUUAUUUUUCCUUUUUAUUUUGAAGGACUGAGAUGCACUCGGAUGGUUUGAUUAUUUUUUUUUUUCUUGGUGGAAAUGGUAAAAGAUAAAAGAAAAAAAACACCAUAUCUACUUAUUUAUAAAAGUGCUGUUUAUUCAGUGACUUUUCUUUUUUUUUUUGUUUUGCGAAAAAAAAAACUGUACACAAAAUGUUUAAAAAAAACUCCAUCCAGUGUUUGAAAAACUUGAAUUUUAUUUAAACUUGAAAAAUAACUUUGCCUUAACUUUUAUACAAGACGAGCAUAGAGUUUUUAUUUCUUUUCACAGAUUUAAGAAAAAAAACAAGGAAAAAAAGAACAUCCCUAAAAACGGUUAAAGCGGGACUCGAGGAACAUAUUUCGUCUUACUGAGAGACAGAGUUCAAAUCUGGAAGCAUUUACUUUCUUUUUCCUGAUUUCUGUUUAGGUUUUGUAAAAUGUAUUAAAAAAAGUCGCUUUGAUUGUUCUUUUGGUUCUCGUUUGUUAGUUUUAGGUCCUUUUAUUUUGGAGGGAAAAAUCUAAACCUUGUAAAUGCAACUAGUCAAUACUGUAUUAAAUAUGUGCACUUUGAAGUAUGUGCUUUGCUUGUACAGAUGUAAAUACUCAGAAAAAUAUAAGAGGUACCUUAAAAUGAUUAUAAAAAUAUAUUGAUCCUUGUUAACUAUAAUGUUGCUGGAUGUAGGAUAAAAAAACAAACAAAAAAAAUAACACGUUGUUGUGCUUUUUGAAAUUUUUUUCUUUAACUUCGUAUUUUUUUUAAUACUUAGUGUGCAGAGUUUGAUUUGUGCUCCGCUCUGCAGCGGGAGCAGCUAACGUUUUUCUUUUAAUGUCUUGCAUUCCAUCUUUGGAGUCCGGUGAGGCCCCGCCCCCUUCACCCUUCACCCCGCCCCCUUCACACAGAAGCCUGGAGCCGAGCGUCCGCCUGCAGCUUCUCUUUCACCUUUUAAUUUCUGCAGAUUUGUGCAUUUAUGAAAUUURGGCACAAAGAUGGUUGUAGCAAAAAAUGCACUACAUUAUUAUUAUUAUUUUUAUUUUUAUUUUUUACACAACAGCAGAAACCACUAAUGCAUCGUCUGAAUAAAUGGCUCUAAAACCAACUAAAUUAGACGUAAUUUAAAACAUCAAGUACAUUUUAACACUAAUUCACAGCUUUUCUUUUUUAGAAGCACGACUCAAACUGUGACAGAAAAAAAGGUUUUCUGCUGAUUGUUUGUAAAGCAGAACAGAGCUCUAGUCUCAUCACAUUAUUACCGCAGGUUCUGCCUAAACUAAGAGUUUUUACGUUUCUGUUUGCUUGAUCUGAAACCAAAAUCCAAGUUUAAAUAGAGGAUUAGCUGCUAUUCAAGGAAAACAAAAUAUUUUGUGUAAUGUUGCCAAAAAGUGUUUAAAUAAUUGGUGAAUGGAUUGGCUGUUUCCGGAUAUUCAGGAGUAAAAAAAUAAACUAUAAAAAGCAGCUUUAUUCCUGUAUGUGAGGUUUAUAAAUUGUUUUAAAACCUGAAAAUGUUCCAACAAGCUGCUAAACUUUAUUCUCUUUUUGUUUGAUCUGGAGCAACAAAGGUUAAAUAGAAGAAACUGAAUCUCAGCUUCACUGUAAUGCUUAAGAAUCUCAACAUUAACAUAGAAAAAAUAUAAAUCUUAAUAUCUGAUGCAUUUCUGGAUGAAUUUUCUGGCUGUAAACAAGUUUGUUUUCAGACAUUUAAACAAAAAUCCAGCUUCAUUCUUUUAGUUAUUGAGCACUUUUAUUAUGAUAUUAUUUGUGUCGGAAACAUUUUUUAAGUUUAAACACAAACCACCAGUUUUGACUCAGUUUUCGGUUCCUAAUUAUUACUAAAACGUUAAGAAAAUAAAAGCCUUAAACAGAAAAUGGGAGGAGGAUUUGGUGGGAGAGAAGCUGAGCAUGAAUCAGGUUUCAGGCCGAUGCUUGUCGGACGUUUGGCUCCGGUCUUCAGGUGUUCUGAGGUGUGACGCCCGGUCCCUUUUAUUCACAUCACAUCCCUGCAGCAGCUUUUUAACUCAAGCUGGGAGGUUUUGUUUUUGUUUGUUUUUUGCCAAAAAAGCCUGAGAAAGCGACGGCUGCUGUGGAUCUGAAACAUUAAAGGAUGAAGUGAAAGUGUUCCCGCCCAGAGCUCAAUGUUUUGUUUGUGACUCUGAGAAAGUAAAAGCGGAGGUUUUAUUUUCAGGCUUCUGACGGAGAGGAGUUGAACUGGAAUCACGUUGGUUUUAUUUUGAAAAUCGUGCCAUUAUCCAGCUUGUUGUCAGUUUUUGUUUCGUCUUUAAUGGAGGAAAAACUCUGAGCGCACGGAGACACGUUCCUCCUGAGGCAUCCAUGGACUACAAACACGUGCAUGUGUGGAGUAAACAAAACAACAAAACAAAGUUCCACCUGAAACUCAGACUGAUGCAAACAGGAGACCUGGAUCCGGUUCCUCAGUGUGGACAGCCUCACGGAGCGUCACACUUCACAGCAGCCUGUCCUCAGCCCCCCUCCCCUCCAUGUUUGUUGACAGUGCCAUCGUUUGUUUGUUUUCUUUGCGUUUCAUCCUUCUGUGGUUAUUGAAGACAUCAAAUGCACAAGAACUGACUGGAACCUUCUUCAUGUGGUCUAACUCGUUAACUCUUUCUGUGCUUCGCUAACAGCUGUGGACAAUCGGUUUGUCCCCGUCGUGUCGGGGUUUGGACACAACUCUGCCUAAAGACACCUUUAACACGAGCGGGACGGAGUUUGCAGUCAAAGAGGGCUUCUUUUCUUUAUUUUGGGGUCUUUUUUUUUUCCUUUUUUCUUCCAUUGAGACUGGAAUCAAGCGUACAUAUCGGCUCUAGAUAAUUUAAGUWACUCUUGUGUCAUGAUGUAAAACUUGUCUAAUUUGGAGAGAAAAAUGUAGCUUACUGAAAAAUAAAGAUUUAGGCACUGAUGACAA